AUGACCAAAAUACGGGCGUCAAAGCUACGUAGUAAACCAGAGCCUGAACUACAAAAGCAACUUGGAGAGCUUAAGACGGAACUUGGCAAUCUUCGUUUGUAUCGGGUAACGAGAGGCGCAUCCUAUCAUGGAAAAUUGAAGAAAAUCCGGACACUAAGAAAGUCCAUUGCCCGUGUAUAUACAGUUAUUCAUCAGGCGCAAAAACUUCGCCAACGUGAAGCUUAUCGUUCCAAGAAAUACGUUCCCAAAGAUUUGAGACCAAAGAAGACCAGAGCAAUACGCAGAAGACUUACUAAGAAAGAGCAGUCAAUUCAUUCUGCGCGUUCAAUGCGCAAGGCACGUGCCUUCCCUCCACGUGUAUUUGCUGUUAAGUGCUAA